CUGCUCGGCCUCCUGGCGAAGCUGCUCCAGCUCACUCAUUUUGGAAUUUGGUCUCGAUGCGGCCUGUUAGUUGGAGAAGAACACAAGAGUCCAAUCGCUGGAUACAACAUCAGUUUCGAGCAACCAGGCGUGUCAUGCCGCCGUGUUGUUAUUGGGCAUAUUCCUGCACAGGCCCCAGCUCACAGCUCGGCGCCGUUCACCGGCCCGGGACGGCAACAGCCAGCGUCAAGCGGACCUAAGGCGGACACAAAACGUGGACGUUUACACGCCGGAAGUAGGCUACUGUUUACCCAGGGACGGUCGCGGGUCAAGUGAGGAAGCAAGCAUGUCAAACGAGCGCACCCCCCUCGUCUCUUCAGGGGUGUGCGGUAUGACCAUGGCGGCGGCGACAUGUGGCACCGUACCGGACACGCCCCCUGACGCCACGUCAGCGAUGCCGAGUAAAGAACCCCGAAAGCUCAACACCUUUUUCGGCGUGAUGGUGCCGACCAUCCUCUCCAUGUUCAGCAUUGUGUUGUUUCUGAGAACGGGUUUUGUUGUUGGCCACGCGGGGCUCCUCCAAGGCCUUCUGAUGGUGAUGGUUGCCUACUUCAUCAUCGCGCUCACCAUCCUAUCCAUCUGCGCAAUUUCCACCAACGGGGCCAUACAGGGGGGCGGCGCCUACUACAUGAUCAGUCGAUCGCUGGGCCCUGAGUUCGGAGGCAGUAUUGGCUUGAUGUUCUUCUUAGCAAAAGUCUUUGCGUGUGGAGAAUACGUUCUUGGUUUGGUGGAGGCUAUUCUUGAUGUGUUUGGCAAGGAUGCCGAAACGUCCAUGUCCGAAGGCUUGCGCGUGCUCCCUCAAAGCUACUGGUACACUGUGCUCUACUCUUCGGUGGUCCUCCUGCUGUGUCUGCUGGUGUGUCUGGUGGGCGCCCACAUCUACUCCCGGAUGGCCUUCGGCAUCCUGCUGCUGGUCAGCGUAUCGCUGCUGUCCAUCUUCAUCAGCGCUUUGGCCGUUAAGCCUCUGGAUUUUGUCAUCAGUCACACGGGGCCUGGCAAUCAGACGCUACGUUACAACGCUAGCUACACAAGCUUUAACGUGACAACGCUAAAGAACAACCUGGGCUCUGGUUACUCGUUGGACUACAGCACCAACUCAGUCAUGUCGUUCGCCACCGUGUUCGCCGUGAUGUUCACCAGCUGCACUGGAAUCAUGGCCGGAGCCAACAUGUCAGGAGACCUGGAAACUCCCAGUGUGUCCAUCCCUAAAGGAACCAUCGUGGCCGUCAUUUGCACCUUCAUUGUCUACAUCCUUUUCUUCCUCUUAGUCAGUGCCACUUGUGACAGAACUCUUCUGAUUCAGGAUUAUGGUUUCCUCCAAAGAAUUAACAUCUGGCCACCUUUUGUGACUAUUGGCAUAUACUGUGGUGCUCUCUUUGCUGCAAUGUGCUCCAUGAUAGGAGCAUCCCGCAUUCUGCAUGCUCUUGCUGUGGACCAUCUCUUUGGUUUGCCAUUAGCACCUGCCACGAUCACCACCAGAUCGGGGAACCCGUGGAUGGCGGUGGUCUAUACGUGGGGGCUGGCCCAGUGUGUGGUGUUUGCAGGCCAGCUCAAUGCCGUUGCCAGUUUGGUGACGGUUUUUUACUUGCUUGCCUACGCAGCUGUUGACCUGGCCUGCUUGGCUCUCGAGUGGGCGUCAGCCCCAAAUUUCAGGCCAACCUUCCAGUUUUUCUCCUGGCACACGUGUCUGCUGGGGAUCCUGAGCUGUUUAGUCAUGAUGUUCGUCAUCAACCCGGUCUACUCAUCAGGCAGUAUCGUCCUCCUUUUGGUUCUGCUGCUUUUCCUCCAUUACCGCUCUCCCACCAGUAGCUGGGGCUACAUCAGCCAGGCUCUCAUCUUCCAUCAGGUGCGCAAGUAUCUACUGAUGCUGGAUGUGAGGAAGGAGCACGUGAAGUUUUGGAGGCCGCAGGUGUUGUUGAUGGUCGCCAAUCCGCGUUCCUCCUGCCAGCUCAUCCUUUUUGUCAACCAGCUGAAAAAGGGAGGACUGUAUGUGCUGGGCCACGUGCAGCUUGGAGAUCUGGGUAAUGGGAAUGAUUCUCUGCCAUCAGACCCCGUGCAGCAGCAAUACAACUUCUGGCUGAGCUUAGUGGACAAGCUCGGGGUGAAGGCCUUUGUAGACCUGACGCUCUCGCCGUCCGUCAGACAAGGAACGCAGCAUCUUCUACGCAUCACAGGCCUCGGCGGCAUGAAGCCCAACACUCUGAUUUUGGGUUUCUAUGACAGCUGCACCCCCGAGGACUUCUUCCUCCAAGACACCGCCUUUUGUGGCACAUCAGCAGGGCAAGGCACAGACGGCGAAUAUAACUUUGGGGUUGACCUACCUUCACUCCAGGCCCAUUUCCCUCCCGUCCGACACGUGGAGAGCCCUCGCUGGCUCUCCCCAGAAGAGUACGUAGGGAUCAUUUCCGACGCCAUCAAAAUGAACAAGAACGUAUGCCUGGGCCGAUAUUUCUUCCACUUGGAGGGCGAAGGGAAGCAAAGCAAAGUGGACGGUUCGGAGCGGACCAUCGACGUGUGGCCUCUCAACCUGCUGCAGCCGGGCUGUCGCGAUUAUCAGGACGUGUGCAGCCUUUUUUUGUUGCAGAUGGCCUGCGUGCUCAACAUGUCCAACAAGUGGCGCCACGCCAGAAUGAGGAUCUUCCUCAACGUGGAGACCGAGUCGAGCGACCAGGGAUGGGUGGUAAACGAAGAGACCUUUCGAGAGUUGCUAAAGAAGCUUCGGAUCCGAGCGUCCAUCAAGAUCGUCCCGUGGGACUCGGUGGUGCAACACCACGCUCAGACAGGUACCGAGGAUGUCGAGGAACAGAGCCACAUCCUCUCUGACCACUUCCUGUCAGCGGUGAACUCUAUGUUGACGGAACACAGUUCUCAAGCUGCCGUCCGCUUCCUCUAUUUGCCGCGGCCGCCCGCUCAUCACACCCAUUCCCAGACAUACUUGGCCCAGCUGGAAGCGGUGACCAACGGUUUGGGUCCAACGCUCCUCAUCCAUGGCGUCACCCCGGUGACGUACACGGACCUUUAAGUCUUUCCUGACUGCUUCUAAGCACUGGUUACACAUGGACGCAAUGCUUCAACAAAGCAUGCACUCAACACACACUUCCUUUGAGCCAUAUCAUGUGGUCCAAUACAAACAACGGCUUAAACGUUCAGCACUUAGAAAAUAAUAAUGCUUUGUGUUGUCAGUGGUCCUUGUUUUGCAUUUAACAAUUGAUGUAAUUUUUGUACAGGUAAACCAAAUUGGAGUGUCCGGUGGGUGUAUGACACUGUAUAUUCGAAACUGUGUCUGUUACUGUCAGUCAAGUGUAAAUACUUGAUUAAUUCACAUUGCCAUAGGAUAUGCUACGAUGUUCAUGCACUCAAACUGCUUUGGUGAUUAAAACAAUGUUUACCGGCCUAACAGUACAGUACGGUCUUCAAGUUCAGGUUGAAGGUAUUGAAGAGCCUUGAAAACAAAACUACAAUUUUGACCAAUAUGGGACCUUUGUCUAAAUAUAGCCACAUUUUCAGGGAUGUCAUUCAUAAUUUUGUGGUAUUUAAAAGACAAUAUUAUAAUGGUGCGUCGUCUGUUUUAAUGUAUUUAUUUUUUCGCAAGACUAAUCUCUUGCAAAAAAGUGUUUUGUUUGCAUUGUUUUCUUGAUACAAAACAUUCUAAUUCAGCCUAAGAUGAGACCAGUACCAAUUAUGGCUCAAAUUUCAUCAACAUUGUUCAACAAAGUGAAAUGUUACUCAGUUAUUGUAACCUCAGCAAUGAAGUUAAUACAAUUUGUGUGUGUUA